AGAAACAUAGCCAAAAUGCGUUUCACUGAUAAUGGAGGACUGCGCUACUCCCUAAGAUCAAUGGAGAAGAAUGCAAAUUGGAUACGCCAUGUGUUUGUCGUCACGAAUGGCCAAGUACCCAACUGGCUGAAUGUAGAAAACCCUAGAGUGACCAUAGUUAAUCAUGAGGAGAUAUUUGAUCAUCCCGAAAAUCUUCCAACAUUUUCUUCACUCGCAAUUGAGCACAACAUUUACAAAAUCCGUGGAAUCUCUGAGAGAUUCAUCUACAUGAACGACGACAUGUUUUUUGGGCAGAAUGUUGCAUUGGCAGACUUGUACACAGGCCAUAACGGCACAAAGGUUUAUCUUGCAUGGGAUGUGCCAACGCAGUGCGGUGAAACGUGCAAAAUAGAGAUGAUAAAAAAUGACGUAUGUGACCAGGUAUGCAAUUACGACCAUUGUGCAUGGGACGGAGGUGAUUGUAUGGAUAUUCCUGAACAAAAGCCAAAGGACAGAGACACAGCCCAUAUUGAUUACCAUAUUUCUGUUUUCUACACAAAUGCUAUAUAUAACAGGGCGUUUGGUAUAAGAAACAGAAGAGUAAUUGCUCACGUCCCACUGUUUAUUGAGAAGAGAGUGAACAAAGAUAUGGUUCAAAGAUUUCCGAAUGAGGUGCAAUUCACAGUCAACCAAAAACUGAGAAAUCCACUCGAUUUUCAGUUUGGAUGUGCAUACAUGUACUUUCUCAUGGAAGGAAAUAACAAUUCAAAUAGAUUUGAACCUAAAAUACAGAGUCCUGAUGUUUCAUAUGUGAUGGUAACUGUAGAUGAAAAGAAAACACGUAAAGACUUGGAUAUGCUGCUGAAAACUAAAAGGAAAUUUGUUUGUAUCAAUGACAGUAUUGACUACAGCAAGCCAGCCGCAGCUGACAGGGUAAUUGCCUUACUGGAAGAGUAUUACGGUUCGAUGUUUCCAAACCCCUCGUCAUUCGAAAAAAGUAAAUGAUUGCGGCAGAUGUUUAAAGCACUGGU